AUGGCGAUGGCGAGCUCGGGCACAGAGAAAAGAAAAAUAACGGCGGCGAUGCGAAGGUGGCUGGCGGUGGCGAACUCGACCCCGGCGCUGCUCCACGGGUUCCUGGUGUUCGAGGUGUCAUGGCGGGACGUGCACGGCAUCAACUACUACAACGACCUGCUCACUGACACGUCCCUCGCCCUGGAGGCGCGCUACCUCAACAAGUGGGAGUUUUACAGCGCCGAGCAGGCCGCCGGGUGCGCGUCUGAGUGGUUCCUCGGCCGCGCCUCCGAGACGCACUCCCUCCGAGGGUACCUCCUCCACUAUCACCACCACCAUCAUCGUCCUCGUCCUCGUCACCAUCAUCGCUCCUCCUCCGCGGCGUCCGCCGGAGAAGAGGAACACGCUCGCGACGACGUUAUGAAUACGAUGGCGGCCAGCAGCAGCGGCGACGAGAGGUGCACGCCCACGUUGAGGAGGAGGAUGAGCUGGCGGAGCAGGGCUAGGAGGAAGAACCUACAGCAGCAGCAACACACCGAUCGCGACGAGGAGGAGGAGGAGGAGAAGGAGCAUGAUGAUGAAGGGCGGGUUCCCAUGCAUAUGCAUAUGCAGCAGUAUAGGUACAGCGACACCCUGCUCCUGUUUCGGUCCCGGGACGCGGCACUGCCGUUCAAGCUCCGGCAGAUCAUCACGUCGGACAUCCGGCUGCUCACGCUGCUCGAGUCUGGGCUGCCGUCGUGGGUCAUCUUCCUGCAGUCGUACCCGGUGCUGUGCCACAUGUACCGGCCCUGGAUGCGGCCCCUGGCGCGGAGCCUCUACGUCAUGGCCUCCCUCGUCACCGUCAUCAUCGGCUUCUACGACCUGUACAAGAACGUGCCACUGCUCAAGUCGGCGGCGGCGCGCAUCUGCGGCCCGCUCUUCGAGUGGAUCGAGACGUGGGACAUGGUCACCCGCAUCCAGUACCUGGGCACCAUCCUCUUCCUCCGCAACCUGCGCAAGUUCAUGCAGGGGCUGCUCGCGCUCCUGCACGCCGCCAGGGCACUGCUCCGUGUUAUGCUCGCUCCAUUGGCCGACCUAGGCUUGUGUCAGCUGCUUGCCACACUGGUUGUCCUAGCCUCACACGUGUGGCGCCUGGUGGUCGACCUGGCAGAGGUGGUGUGGGCGCCGUUCGACGUCGUGCUCGACUGCGUCGCCGGAUUGGUCACAACCUUGUGGCCGGUGCUCAAGGUGGUGGUGUUGCCGGCGAGGUUUGCGGUGGCGGUCGCAGCGUGCGCGGGGUCCGUCUUGUCCAAUAGCUACAACUUCUUCAAGGACAUCUGGGAGACUCUGAGUAGCAUCUUCGAGCUCAACCACAUGUCGGAGGCGCAACAAAGCGCCUUCGACAUGACCACGCUCAAGACGCUAUGGAAUGACCUCUUCUCGCAGAUCUUCCGGGCCAUCAGGGGCAUCCUCAAUGGCAUCCUUGUCUUCUUCUACGCCUGCAACAGGCACAGGCUCAGAUGUAGGAAUUGCAAUAAUAUCCUGGCGGUGCGCAUCUGUGGCCCGCUCUGCGAGUGGAUCAAGACGUGGGACAUGGUCACCCGCAUCCAGUACCUGGGCACCAUCCUCUUCCUCUGCAACCUGCGCAAGUUCAUGCAGGGGCUGCUCGCGCUCCUGCACGCCGCCAGGGCACUGCUCCGUGUUAUGCUCGCUCCAUUGGCCGACCUAGGCUUGUGUCAGCUGCUUGCCACACUAGUUGUCCUAGCCUCACACGUCUGGCGCCUGGUGGUCGACCUGGCAGAGGUGGUGUGGGCGCCGGAUUGGUUUGCGGUGGCGGUCGCAGCGUGCGCGGGGUCCGUCUUGUCCAAUAGCUACAACUUCUUCAAGGACAUCUGGGAGACUCUGAGUAGCAUCUUCGAGCUCAACCACAUGUCGGAGGCGCAACAAAGCGCCUUCGACAUGACCAUCAAGACGCUAUGGAAUGACCUCUUCUCGCAGAUCUUCCGGGCCAUCAGGGGCAUCCUCAAUGGCAUCCUUGUCUUCUUCUAUGCCUGCAACAGGCACAGGCUCAGGAUGCGCCCGUCGAAUGUGACGUAUGCAAGUGACCAAUCAUAG